AUGUUCUAGAUUUAAAUGUUAUUCAAAUAUGAAUUAGUUGAAAUGGAUUCAUUAAAUAUGGAUCUUAUAAAAAAGCUAUUGAUGAAUAUAAUAAAAGUAAAGAAUCUUUAAAUUAACUGGAUAUCAAAUAAGCAGAAAAGUUAGAUGAAUAUUGGAAAGAGACGAUUAAAAAAGAGAGAGUAGCCAAGAAAAAAAGAAGGAAUUGAUGAUAUUUGGUUUAAUAUCAAAAGAAUAAUAUUUCUAGAUUAUUAAAAUAUAGAUAAUGAAACAUUAAAAUAAGGGAUUAAUGAAUUAAAUUACAAAAUCUAAGAAAUUGAAAAAGAAUAGGAUUAUUGUAGAAAUAAAUUGAUGUAAAUAAAACAUUAAAGAGAUAUAGUAUACAGUUAUUUUUUACCUUUAAGAAGGUUAAAUUAGAAUAAUCACCUAAAUAAUAGAAAGAAACAGUUUAAUAUGAAAGAAUAUUUAUCUUUAAAUAUAGAACAGUUUUAUUACAGGUUAGAAAUUCAUCUGUAUUCCUAGAAAAAUAUUAUUAUAAAAUAUUAAAUUAUUGCAAUUAAUAAUUUAUCUAUUGAAUUUUAAUUGGAAUCAUUUAUAAAGUUGAUAAUUGAUUGUUCCUCAUAGAAUCUUAUUAAAGUAACCUCAAUCAAAAAUUAUCUAAAAAUUUUAUAUUUUAUUUUACAUUAUAAAUGUUGA